CAGAAGGUGUUCGAUUUCCCUCUUUACUGCGCUAUACAUCUGUUUUCAUCACAAUGCCUGCCCUUACGGUCGGAGCUACGAGCUCCAAGAAAAGAAAGAGCGCCAAAGAAAGUGGUGUGCCGUCGUCAAAACGCCGUGCAAUUGCAGAGAACGAUAGCGUAGAUAUGAUGGCCGAAGUCUCUCAAAUGGAAGAGCAGAUUGCCGAGUCGCGAAAGCACUACAACAACAUUGCGAAGCUGAUCUCGAUGCUCGAUGUGGACGAAAAUGCUGCCAAUCCGAAUUUGGCAGUCGCAGUAUCUCUCUGUCGUGUUUUCAGCAGAUUGAUUGCCGGGGGAGAUUUAACGGAGACAAAUAGAGCUGCAGAGAAUGAGAAGAUUAUUGUAGCAUGGCUGAAAGAACGCUGUCGCGAGUACCAGAAGGCUCUUUCUGCUAUAUUGCGUGAAGGAGACACGUCUGCUAAGCUCACGGCCCUCACUCUCUGCAUGCGCCUAGUCAACGAACGUGCUACCCAUAUACCCGGUGAAGACACUCAAGUCUGGCUAUCAGGCUUGUUCAAGAACGUUGUCGAAGCAGUUGUUGAGACUAGUGAUACCGCAUUGCGGUCCGAGUUCAUCGAGAAGUUCGCCAACGCAUACGAAGACGUAAGAUUCUAUACAUUUGUGCAGAUCGCCGACAUUGCCGAAUCGGAAAGAAGUCCUGAAACCCUCGACAUCCUCAUCUCCAUACUCACAGCAUGCGACGCAGUUCCGGGCCCCGAACACGAAUUCAAGAACUUCUACGUCAAAUCUAAUAAAAAGAACAAGAAGCUCGUCUCGAUCAACUCCCACAAGAAGCGUGCCCAAGAUGCCUGGCUCUCCGUCCUCCGAAACAACAUAUCCGAAUCCCAGCGGAAAAACCUCCUCCGCAUCAUGGUUCACAACAUCGAGCCCUGGUUCAGCCGACCCGAACUGCUCAUGGACUUCCUCACAGACUCCUACAACGUCGGCGGCGCAACCUCCCUGCUCGCCCUCUCCGGUCUCUUCUACCUCAUCCAGGAGAAGAACCUGGAUUACCCACAGUUCUACCAAAAGCUGUACUCGCUGCUCGACGCCGACCUGCUCCACUCCAAGCACCGUUCCCGCUUCUUCCGCUUGAUGAACACUUUUCUCGCCUCCACCCAUUUGCCAGCUACGCUUAUCGCCAGCUUCAUCAAGCGUCUCUCUCGUCUCGCGCUUAACGCCCCUCCAACCGCCAUCGUGGUGAUCGUUCCCUUCAUCUACAAUCUCCUCAAAUCCCACCCCACUUGCACCUUCAUGCUCCAUCGAGUCAUCAAGGACGAGGAAUACAAAGCAGAGCUAGAAGCUGAAGGCAUGGAUGACCCGUUCGAUGCCAAGGAGCCCGAGCCAAUUCGCACCAAUGCCAUCGAGAGCAGUCUAUGGGAGAUCCAGUCCCUCCAACAACACUAUCAUCCCAACGUUGCGGCUAUUGCACGCAUCAUAUCCGAGCAAUUCACGAAGCAGUUCUAUAAUCUUGAGGAUUUCCUAGACUAUACCUACCAAGGAAUGGUGCAGUCAGAGCUAGGAUCAGAAGAGAAGCCCAUGAAGCGGAUCCCCGUCAUCGAGUAUCACAUCCCCAAGCGGAUAUUUACCGAUCGAAUGUUGGAAGAGGACGGAGGCGUGGAUACGGCUCCGGGAAGCCUCAUGAGAGUGUUGUGGGAUUUUGCAUAAGGUUUGCGCGCGAUACACAGGUAGAUUUCAUUCUCUUUUAUUUUUAGCGUAUAUAAUUGAUCAAAAGGGGUUGGUUCAACGAAUAUAAGUGGAUCCCGUUCUAACCAAAUCUUUACCUUGGAAGAAUUGCAUCAAAUCCUAUUCAUUAUACAGUCUAACUAAUAGGGCCGCUCCCUAAACCUAGCAGUAGC